AUCCUCUCUACUACUUUUAAGGAAAAUUUAGGUCACUCACACUUUUGAUAUUCCAGAAGAAAAAAAAAAUCGACAAUGGCGCAUCCAAAGGUUUUCUUCGACAUGACCAUCGGUGGAAACCCGGCGGGACGGAUCGUGAUGGAGUUGUACACCGACAAGACACCGAAGACGGCGGAGAAUUUCCGAGCACUGUGCACCGGCGAGAAAGGCGUUGGACGCAGUGGGAAGCCUCUCCACUUCAAGGGAUCGUCGUUUCACCGAGUGAUCCCAAAUUUCAUGUGCCAGGGCGGAGAUUUCACAGCCGGGAACGGGACCGGAGGGGAAUCGAUCUACGGAGCCAAGUUCGAGGACGAGAAUUUCGAGAGGAAGCACACAGGAGCUGGGAUUCUGUCCAUGGCGAACGCAGGUGCCAACACGAACGGAUCUCAGUUCUUCAUCUGCACCGUGAAGACCGACUGGCUCGACGGGAAGCACGUGGUUUUCGGUCAGGUGAUUGAAGGAUUGGACGUUGUGAAGGCGAUUGAGAAGAUCGGAUCUUCCUCUGGAAAGCCGACGAAGCCAGUCGUUAUCGCCGACUGCGGUCAGAUCUCUUAGGGUUUUAGUUGCGGUGGUGGUUUAGUGUUGUUGCUAAUCUCCUAAUUAAUCUCUUUGAAUCUCCGUUUCUUAGCUAUGAUGGACUGUUUCCCUUUUCCUAAUUAACCAUCCCACUAAUAGCACUCCUUUUUUGGCG